GGGGCCGGGCCCGGGGCGGCCCCGCGGCGAUCCGGGAUGUCGGGCCGGCUCCUGGUGACGUAGCGGGAAGGGCCGCGCCAGACCCCCGCCCGCCUCUGUUCCCGCGGCACGGCACGGGACCCCCCGCACCUCCUCCGGUUGCCCCCCGCCAUGGGUAGAGCCGCGGCGGUCGGAACGGCCAAAGCGUCCGGGGCCGCCACUGGGAAUGUGCCAGGCCCUGCCGCCGCGUGAGCACCGGCACCGGCAGCGUUGUCCGCGCCCGCCCCGGGCCGAGCCGGCGGCGGGUGCCAUGAGCAGCAGCUGCGCGUCCCCCGCCGCCGCCCGCCGCCGCCUGCAGCGCCGGGAUCGAUAGAGGCGGGGGCUGCGGACGCGCCAUGGCCGGCAGCGGCUACACGGACCUGCGGGAGAAGCUCAAGUCCAUGAUGCCCUACCGGGACGGCCACAAAGGCGGCGGCGGCGGCGGCCUCCCGCGGGAGCCCCCCGAACCCCCGUACGACCGCAAGCGGCGGCACCAGGAGGACUCCGGCUCCGAGCCCAGCGACUACGAGGAGCAGAAGGAGGAGGAGGAAGCUCGGAAAGUCAAGAGCGGCAUCCGCCAGCUUCGCCUUUUCAGCGCCGAGGAGUGCGCCAAGAUCGAGGCGCGCAUCGAGGACGUGGUGUCCCGGGCGGAGAAGGGGCUCUACAAGGAGCACACGGUGGAUCGGGCGCCGCUGCGGAACAAGUAUUUUUUCGGGGAAGGAUACACCUACGGGUCUCAGCUGCAGCGGCGGGGCCCCGGCCAGGAGCGCCUGUACCCGCGGGGGGAGGUGGACGCCAUCCCCGAGUGGGUGCACGACCUGGUGAUCAGGAAGCUGGUGGAGCACCGGGUGAUCCCCGAGGGCUUUGUGAACAGUGCCGUCAUCAACGACUACCAGCCGGGGGGCUGCAUUGUCUCCCACGUGGACCCCAUCCAUAUCUUUGAGAGGCCCAUCGUCUCCGUGUCCUUCUUCAGCGACUCGGCGCUCUGCUUCGGGUGUAAAUUCCAGUUCAAGCCCAUCAGGGUGUCGGAGCCCGUCCUGUUCCUGCCCGUGAAGAGGGGGAGCGUCACGGUGCUCAGUGGGUAUGCGGCCGACGAAAUCACACACUGCAUUCGACCACAGGACAUCAAGGAGAGGAGAGCUGUCAUCAUCCUCAGAAAAACAAGACUAGAUGCACCUCGAUUGGAAACAAAAUCCCUGAGUAGCUCUGUGUUGCCACCAGGUUAUAACUCUGACCGCCUGUCAGGAAGCAACCGGGACCAGAUCCUGAAACCAAAGCGGUCCCAUCGCAAAGCAGAUCCUGAUGCUGCCCACAGGCCACGGAUCCUAGAAAUGGAUAAGGAGGAGAACAGGCGCUCAGUCCUCUUACCAAAACAUAGGAGAAGGAGCAACUUCAGCUCUGAGAACUAUUGGCGAAGGUCUUACGAGUACACAGAGGACUGUGACGAGGAGGAGGAGGAUGGCAGCCCCGCCAGGAAAGUCAAAAUGAGGCGGCACUGAGGAUUGCACUUCCCAGGCUCAUGGAGCUGAUGAGAUUGGCCUCCAGUCUGUGAAAACUUUCUCCUCCCUCUGGCUAUCUUCCAUCUCGCUUCAGUUUUGGUUUUUCCUUUCAGGCUGAAGAGUAAACAGGAAGGAUUUGGUUUUAUGAAUGGAGGAAUGCUGAGACAUACGUGAGGAUGGAACAUGCCCAGUGCACAUGGUGUCCUGAGUCAUGGGUCAAAUGGGCAUCUCUCUCUUAGGAAGCAGAUAAAGUUAUGCCAGGUUGUCUGUUGGGAUUUCUUUUGAAAACACCAAAAAGUUUAACUGUUUCAAGAAUUGUAUUUUGUUUUGGAUUUUGGUUUUGUUUUUUCUUUUUUUUCCCUUUUUUUUUUUUUUUUUUUUGUUUUUUGUUUUGUUUUGUUUUUUCUUUUUUCUUUUUUUUUUUUGCUUUAACACUUUUCCUUUCCAAAUGUUCUAAAUAUGAUGUUUGACCCCAGGAACUGAAAUUCCAUGGUGGGCUCGUAUUCCUUGUUUCCCCAAAGGGCUCCUUAGUCUUUUCUUACCUGGUGGUUGUUGGCUCUGUUUGAAGGGUGCCCUGCAGUAACUGGAAGUUUGAAUCUUUGCAGACCCCUCUUGCUGCGAUCGAUUUCAAAGGGUUUAGGACAUUUUUGUUGCACUUUAGUGUUUUAAAUGCCGUAGGUUUCCUUUCCAGACCCUUUUCCCAAGCCAGCAUGGGCUCGCAGCCCUGUGUCCCUGCGCUGCCCUCUCCAAGAAGAAUGUACUAGAGCUCUGGUUUCUCAGUGCUGGUCUGACUGGGGCCGUGCUGUGGUUGAGGAGGAAGGAAACUGGCCCAGCAUUGUCCUGAGAUCCAUAUUGGAAUCUCAGGGCUGCCAAGUGAGGGAUCACACUGAGCACGUGCUGCUUCCCAGAGCUGGGGAUAGCAAAGAGGAGUAGGAGAUGCUGUGCUUGUGAGGGCUUGUGCCUUGGGACCCCUGAGAAGAGCCCUUCUCCACUGCCCCUUCCAGGUGGAGAGAGCUGAGUUGGUGCAGCAUUCCUGGCACAGUGUCCCAUCCCAAGGGACUGGCUGCACUCUGGUGGAGCAGGAACAGGAGCUGCUGUGGCCUUGGGGGAGCUGAGCAGCUCUGUCCCCUCCGAGGCUGGCUCUGGGAGCAGGGACUGCAGGGCUUGAGUUUGGCCCCAGUUCAGUGCAUCCAGCACUGAAGUUGCCUGUUUUCUCCUGGCUUAUUCCUGCCUGUGUUCCUGGGGUAGGGAGUUUCCUGGUUGCUCCAGGAAAUGCUGAGAAGAAUCAGGCAUUCAGCCCUGUGGAGUUGUGUUAGAGUAUCUGCCAUCAUCAUCCUCUUCUCCCACCUGGUUUGCAUUAGCUCAGACCAAAGCCUUGGUGUUUGAAAAGUUUGGGGCCCAACGCCAUAUUUAGAGCUGUACUUUAGAAGAAAACUUCCUCCAGUUGAUUCUUUGAACCCAAGUGUUGGCAGUUGUAAGGAGUAGUCGUUUUUUUAACUUUUUACUGCUUUGCCCUCCCUCCAGUUGUAGUUUUUCUUAGUGUCGUGUCCCCCACACACUUCAUGGUCUGCACGCUUGGCAAUAAAAAGAUGUAAUAUAUUUUGAAACCUGUUUGCUGCUGUCUUGGGGGGGCUCCUGGUUUAAAGCAACCACCCAGGCAUUGUUCCCUGCAGCACUGAUCGAGGACAUUUGCUGACAUCUGGGUCCCACUGUCCUUUCCCUUCCCUGCUGAUUUUUCACCUGGUGUUGGGGUUUUGCUUAGCUGGAUCUUGUCACAUGAGCUCAGUGGAUGUUGCCAUCACCUUCAGCACAGUGCAGGCCUGUGGGGGUGUUGGUGAAGUCCCCAGUUCCUGUCUCUGAUGAUCUGGUUUUCCUGGUGAGAGCCCCCACUGGCUCCGUGCUGAGGCACAACCUCUGAAGGAACGUGUCUUGUCAGUCCAGAGAUCCAAACGUGUGUGCUUCUGCUGCUUGUAAAACCUUGAAAAUGCUGUUUUCAGACCACACGUAGCAUUUGAAGCGAUGUUCCUCACCCUCCCAGCUUUCUGCUGUUAAUCCAGGCCAGCUCUUGGCUACAAACCCCCUGUUUUGGAAAGCUUGGCAUUCCCCUGAUAGCAAAAGUGCACGCAGGGAGCAGAGAUCCCUUCUCCUCCUGAUGGCUUUGUCUUUCUGGAUCCAUCCCUGUGCCUGUCAUGCUGCCAGGCUCUGCUGUGGGUGCAGACAGUGAUAGAGGUCACUGCCAGAGGUCUCCCCUUCUGGCUCCUAGUUUUAUCCCUGCCUCUCCAAUAUGGAUGCUCUACCCUGGUGUCAACUCAAAAUGAACCUGGAGCAUCUAGCCUUUCCACAGCUGCUUCCCAGAGCAGGACUUUCAUGGGAUGAGGUAUUGGCUCUGUCUCUGGACAUCCUGAGGACCUCUAGCCUGGUCCCAGCCAUCACCUCAUCCCAGUCCUUGUGCAGGCUGUACGUGUGCCAGUUUCCUUUCCCAGCUUGUUCUGGUAUUCCUGCAUGUCCUGCUCAGGAGCUUUCCCCUCCUUCCCUCUUCCCAUCUAUGCAGUGGGUCAGAGCUGACAGCCAUGGCUGGGGGGACAGGAGGAGCUCCUCUCCAGCCACGAUCUGCUCUUGGUUUUUAACCUGGCUGCUUGGGGCUUGACACCUUGGAGAGGGAAAGGGAGCAGGAUGCAGGUGGGCAGAACCUGCAGCAUCCCUCAGGAGAGGAGUCCCCAGCGUGCAGGCAGGGCCAUCUUCCCACUUGUACAGACAUUUUCUAUAGACACGGAUGUAUAUGUGUAGAUAACAUGGUUUUUUAACUCUUUUGCACUGAACAACAUCAGAGUGGAGACCUGGAUUCGAAACUAGAAGACAUUUUUCACACGGAUCCAGAGAUCUGGAUCCUUCCUGUAACCUGUCUGGUUGAAACUGUGGCUCGGAAUUCCUGGUUUUCUCUGCUGGGCUGCACACAGGCAUCAGGUCAGGCUGGUGGCACGGGGCUGCUGCUGAGCAGGGAGUGGGGUGAGCUCCAGUUUGGAGGCAAAACUUCUCCCAUCUGCCCCCAGGCCAGGCUCAUGCACAGCCCUGACCCCGUUGGCUUUGUCGUGUGUCUGAUCUGGUUGUGUGUGGUCCAACCUCUCCAUCCACCCACAGCGUGUCCGUGCUCAGCCCCAAACCGGGAGCUACAUCCAGUGUGACAAUCCACGUGCCCAGACCAGGAGAACUGUCUUUCCUAAGGAAGGGGAAGGAAGGUGGGGUUCAUCCCUGCUUUUCUGUAAAGAACAGGAGGAAUUGGGGUUUUGUUACUGUUACCGUAUCUCAAGAAGGGUCAGUGGUGGAAUUAUCCAAGCCCAUGGAUCAAAACAGCUGCCAGGCUUUGAGGAGGGCUGGGGGGGGCUGGGGUCUAGACCCCCACCAGCAGCAAAGAGUUUUUUACCUGCCAAAAGUGUUCCCUUUCCCUGUUGGGAGGAGAAACAUUGGGCUGAGAAAUGUCUCCGCUCCUUCCCCUGCCCACACUUAGAAGUUCUGGCUGACUUUAAUUUUUGUUUUUUAAAAGAUUCUAAUUUUUUUUUUUUUUUUUUUGUUACCAAUAAAAAUAAAAAUAAAAAAAAAUAAAAAAGAAAGUGGCAAUAUUUUUUUCUGUAAGCUUUUCCUAGGAAAAAGCGUGGUUUGUAACAAAGUUGUACAGUUCUGAAGUUUGAGAUACGAGAAGUACUGUGUGAAACGCUGUAAAUGGGGCAGAGAUUAUUUUAUGUACAGUCUGAUGUGGGGGGAAUCUUUUAAUUCUGGUUGAUUCUUAGGAAGAAUUUGGUUCUUCACUGUCAGGGUUUGGAAUUUCAUGGUUUCAUUAUUAUUUUUUUUCUUGUAUAGAUUGCUGCAUUAAUUAAAUAAAAGCAGAAAGCAUC